AUGAUGGAGAAGACUAAUAAUGAAACCGAAAAGGAAGCUAAUGAAAUUGUCGGGCUUUUAGAUAAAGUAUUCUCAUGGACUCUACAAGACGUUUUUAACGAAAAUCUGUACAAAUACAAGGUGAAGAAGAUUCCAGAGACAUUUGAUUCACCUACAGAUUACAAGAAAGCCUUUAUUCCUCUAUUGCUAGAGGAAACACACAGUGAUUUAUCUUCAAGCUUGUCUGGUGUUGCUCGAGCGCCUUUCUGUGAAAUCUUGAAACUUGAAAGAGACGACAGCAAGCUAUUCAAUCUUCCCAAACCUUUGAUCUAUAAUAUAGAGUUUGAAAAAGAUGUUGGAAAGUAUGAGCCUGAGUAUGGAGAUCUUGUUUUGUUCACAGAUAUUAGACCUAAAAGUGUAGAUGACUUGAAGUUGAACACUCCGAAGAGUCCCUACCAUGUUGCUUUUGUUCUUGGUCCAAAGUCUGAAUUUGAUAAGAAAAUCCAAGUUAUUUCAUCUAAAUGUAUUAACAAAGAUUUUGAAUCUGACAAGAGGGACUUUGAAACUCAGAAGUUGUAUGCAGUUUACCUUAUGAACAUGACCACAAAUGUUCGGAUUUGGAAAGCCUUGAACUCUAAGUCGCAUGGAAGCAUUAUUGAAAAAGUAUUGCAGCCCGAUCUAAAAAGUGGAGAAAACUGUCAAAUUUGUCUUUCAGAGGUAACUGGUUAUGCUCCAUUCAUCAAGGAAGACGCGAUAAUUUGUUCUCAAAAUCUGAAUGAAUCUCAACAAGAUGCUGUUAUGAGCAGUGUUGAUAUGAAAAACUGUCAUCCUUCUGAAGUUAAACUUAUAUGGGGACCACCAGGAACUGGGAAAACGAAAACUGUUGCAUGCUUGUUAUUUUCUCUGCUAAAGAUACAAACAAGAACAUUGACGUGUGCUCCAACUAAUACUGCAGUUUUGCAGGUGGCAAUUCGAUUGCAUAGUUUAGUAAUGGAUUCACUUGAGUAUGAUACAUAUGGUUUAGGUGAAAUUGUUCUUUUUGGCAAUAGUAAGAGAAUGAAAUUGGAUUGUUAUCCGGGUCUUGAAAUUGUUUUUCUUGAUAACCGGGUUAAAAUUCUUAUGAAAUGCUUCCAUCGGAUAACUGGAUGGAAGCAAAUCUUGGAAUUAAUGAAACGGUUGCUUAGGGAUCCUCAAGAGCAGUAUUUAUUCGAGUUAUGUGCAUACCGUGCGUAUCGUGCAUACAAGCAAAAUAUGGGGAAUGAGGCAUGGAAAGACAUUGCAGGGAUAAACCAAAUGGUAGAGCAUGAUAAAAAGAAAAGAACCAUGACGAUGGAGGAAUUUGUUAAUCAGAUAUUCAUGGAAUCGUCAGUUGAAAAGGAUAGAUUCUUGGAAUUAAGAGAGCGACUCACGCUUUGCUCGCGGACGUUACAUGAACACUUUACCAAGAUUCUUGAAGGCUAUAAAGAACAGCAUUUCUUAGAUGACUUGGCAACCGGAAAAAAUAUGGAUGCUUAUCCUAUGACAUUUGAGAGAUAUGUGCAGAAGGCAUGGAAAGAGAUUGCACAGAAAUAUGAAUUGGAUGAUGAUGAUGAUGACAAGAAUGCAUGUGUGAUUUCACUGGAAAAAUUUGUAAAGCAGAGAUUUGGGAAUUUAAGAGAGAUCCUUGAGUUCUUAAAUCAUGCCUUAUACACUCAUUUACCAAAAUCUUUUGUUUCACUUGAAACAGUCAAAGUUAUGUUACAAGCUCCUAAGAUGCUCGAGUCUUUUGAAAAUUCCUUGAGUCAAUGCAUAUUCAAGCCAGCUCUUUUUGACCUUGAAGAAAAAUUUGUGUCUGAUUGCUUUGGACCGUUAAGUGACAAAAGGGAUGAGAUUUUAAGCAUUCUAAGUUUGCUAUCUUCCUCAAUUUCUCUACCCGAUAUUUACAUGAAACGUGAUAUAGAACAAUUUUGUUUGUCAAACACAUGUCUUAUUUUCUGUACAGCUUCAAGUUCUGGUAAACUGUACACAGAAGGAAUGACUCCAGUGAAAUUUUUAGUAAUUGAUGAAGCUGCACAACUAAAAGAAUGUGAAUCUACGAUUCCUUUGCAGCUUCCUGGUCUUAGCCAUUGCAUUCUUAUAGGUGAUGAGAGACAGCUUCCUGCAUUGGUCAAAAGCAAGAUAGCUGACAAGUGUGAUUUCGGAAGAAGUAUGUUUGAGAGGCUUGUAAGAUUGGGAUACAAAAGGAAAAUGCUUAAUAUUCAGUAUAGAAUGCAUCCAUCUAUCAGCUUAUUCCCAUGCAAGGAGUUUUACGAUGAAAAACUUUCUAAUGCGGGCGUUGUCAUGGAAGAAAGCUAUAACAAGUGUUUCCUUGAAGGAGAAAUGUUUGCUUCGUAUUCUUUUAUAAACAUUGCUGAAGGUAAAGAGAAAACUGGUCGCGGACAUAGUUUGAAGAACAUGGUUGAGGUUGCUGCUAUUUCCGAGAUAAUUAAAAGUCUUAAAAGAGAGUUCAUGCGGAAAAAGAAGAAAGUUAGCAUUGGAAUAAUAUCUCCGUAUAAUGCUCAAGUUUAUGAAAUCAAGGAGAAAGUUAAGCAGUACACUUCGAAUUCUAACUCAGAGUUUUCUGUUAGUGUUCGUUCUGUGGAUGGUUUUCAAGGUGGUGAAGAAGAUAUUAUCAUAAUAUCUACUGUGAGAUCUAACGGGAGCGGUAAUGUCGGUUUUCUUUCAAACCGACAAAGAGCAAAUGUGGCUAUGACUAGGGCUAGAUAUUGCCUUUGGAUAUUAGGGAAUGCAACUACUUUAAUCAACAGUGAUUCUGUUUGGAGAAAAGUGGUUCUUGAUGCUAUGGGAAGAAAUUGUUUCUAUAAUGCUAAUGAUGACAUGAAAUUGGCCGGGGCGAUUGAGGAUGUAUUGUUUGAGAUCAAACUACUUGAAGAAACUGAGUUGCCGUUUAAGAAACUUAGUAUAGAUGGAAAAUCAACAACUUCCUAUAGAUGA